AACACGGCAUAGAACAAAAGAAAUCCAGGGGGAAUUAGGCCUACUGCAAUCGAUCGAUCGAUUUCCGGCGACUGCCCGACCAUCAUCGUUUUUUUUUACUGCUGAAGGCAGAGCCAAACUAGGAGGAAGAGUGGAGAGAAGGACGAGGUGAUAAAAGGAAGUUAUCCGAUCUUGGAGCAAAAGCAACGAUGACUCCGUCGAGGUUUGCGCUGGUCGUUGGCGUGUCCUGCCUGAUGAUGGCCACCGUGGCGUGGGGAACCGACCAAGCGGCGGCGGCAGUAUCCUCUGAUCCAACAUCAACAACUCCCGCUGUAAUUGACGAUAAGAACACUACAACGGUCGCCCCUGACAACACCACAACCACGACCACCCUCAAGCCGACCCCGGAUAACAACACUACCACCACAACGCCGUCGACAACAACAACAACCUCCACAACGGUGAAACCCACGCCAGUUCCGGACAACAACACAACCACAACGACAGCCCCAACACCUGCUCCGUCGCCAACCCCAGUUCCGGACAACACGACCACCACAACGGCCGCUCCCCCCUCCCCAUCCCCAUCUCCGGUAACGACCACCACUCCAGCGCCCGCCCCCGGACCGGUUCCGCACUGCAAGCGAUUCGACGGGUACUCCUUCGUCGGCGGAAUGAUCCUCGCGUACGGCUCGCUCGCGAUCGCGCUCGUUCUCUGGAAGUUCUACAAGGCCCGCACCGAGCGGAACUACCACACGCUGUAAGAAGGGGGUGGCGAGGUAAGAGCGGGAGAGAGCGGGACGGAAGUGUUUUUCAUUCUAGACCAAAAAACUACACUACACUAAACUACACUAACAACAAGUCUUACUAUAAACUGAACAGAAUCUUUGAUUAUCACGCUGAUUAUUUCCUAAUUUUGAAUCUCAAAGUGAACAUAACCUCAAACUCAACACGAGGACAGUUACAGACAAAAACAAUGCUUGCGAAACUAAGAUAAAAACUUAACUUUUUUUUGUUGAAAAUUUCUCAUAAACGAUAGUAUUAAGAUGAGAGAGAAAGAAAAAAGAGAGUUGCUCAACUAAGACAAACUAUUGAGCGGAUUUCCCCCUGAAAAAAAUCUGUAUCUGAAACAUUGAAAAAGUUGAUAAAUAAACAAACAAAAAAAAAUGUGCACUUUGUGUUGAUUGAUUGCAACAUAAAAAAAAAUGUUUUAAAAAUUCCAAUGUCUGAGCUCUAAACUGAAUAAUUUGAGAAAUUGGUGGUCGUUAAUUUUUUGCGCCGUUCCGGAAACAACCCAGCGUGGUGUUGGGUUAAGGUGUCAGACUAGCGAUUCAAAGGGAACGAGUUUGAAUCUUCUUGGAAACCACUAAUUAUGUUUUAUAAUCUAAUCUCAGUGAUUUUUUUUAUUAUUUCAAACUUUUUGAAAAUCUUUCAGUUCACAUUUUUCACAAGUUGAUAAACAGUAAAACAACGGCAUUUAACAAAAGUUGCAAUACAUUAGAGAAAAGACAAAAAGCGUUAAAAAGCAACCUUAAACGAGGAAAUAUCUUAUUGGAAAAUAAUGGUCUUAGAAAUUCAAAAUUGAAAAUAUAAAAAAAGGCAUUUCAAAAAAUUGGUUGCUUAUUGGCUAUCUAGCAUUGCCAAAAAAAGUCGUAAGAACAUUGAAAAUGCAAAAUAUAUUUAGAAAACAAACGAAAAAAAAAAAUCUAGAAUAUAUUUUGAAAAAAAGUAUCCAAGAAAACAAUUCUAGAUUUUAUCCAGUGCACUGCUGAAUUGUAAAACGAAAUAACUGUUCAAAAAAAAAGUCUGUAACGAGAAAAAGAGAGAGAGCGAGAGAGCAAAACGUCUUGACGCAAAUUGAGAGAGAAUCGAAAAGAUUAUUUCGCCAGAGAGAAUUUUUUUCGCUCUAUUGCUGCUCACUCCCUCUCUCUUUCGUUGCAGUAUUGUAAAAUGCACUAAGUUUGAAAAAAAGAAGACCCAUUAUUGGAGGGAAACAAAAAAAAAGUGUUACACUAAAAGUCUGAGAAAAAAUCCUAAAGAAAAAAACUCUUGUAGGAGUAUCAUUAAAUUGCACUGAGACUAAAAGAAACGAAAAAGAUUGCAGGAAAAAAUGUAGGAUGAAACAAAAACAAACAAAAAAACACGAACGGAUGGAAAGUGCUCUUAAUCGAUACAAGAAAUACAAACAAAUAAGACAAAAUCUGUAGAAGAAAAACUGCGGUUCUUUCGAAAAAAAAAAACAAAAUGAAAUCCAUCCUGUUUACCAUCGCUACAGAUCUCUAUGAAUUCCUAAAUUUACUUCUGAAAAAACAACUUAUUUUUCUUCAAAAAAGACCAUUAAAUCGCCAUCACUGCAAAGCGUUGUUAUCGAAUUAGGUCGCAAUCAUCAUCUGGUCUGAUGGAUAUCGAGUAUUUUUUGACGAUAGAUGUUAAGAAUUGGUCGAAAUAAUUAAAUAAAAAAAAAACAAGAAAUAAUUUUCGGUUACUUUCAUAACAAUCGGAACUGAUUGAACAACCUGUAUGAUAUCUGCUUUAGUGAUUGAUGUUUUUUUUCGUUUUCUUUUAAUAGUAGCCUUUAAACAAGUCAAACUAUCUUUUACUAGUUUUUCAGUCUUGAUAUCUAUAUGUGUUUAAGAAUCUCUACUAGAUCAAUGUUCAUCAAACGACAGAAGAGUAAAAAAUGGAAAUUCUUUACACGCAUACAUACGAAAUAGUACAGUGAGAAACAAUAGAAUGCAAGCAGCAAACAAAAAUGUGUCAUUGCAAGCCCAUUCUGUGAAGGUAUAAAAGAUUAAUAAACUUUCUUCAUUAUCUCUUGGUAAAAAAA